AUGUCUGGUCUACCGAAAACAAUGCGCGCUGUGGGACUCUAUAAGUACUUGCCGAUAGAUCACGAAGAGAGUCUGCUCGACGUGGAAGUAAGUUUACCAGUUGUGACCGAGACAGAUUUAUUGAUUCAAGUCAAGGCGGCCGCAGUCAAUCCUAUAGAUGCCAAACAACGAGCUCCUAAACCAAAAGUAGAAAAUCCACCGCGCAUUUUGGGAUGGGAUGGUGCAGGAAUCGUCGUGUCCAAGGGUGAGAAAGCUAAUUUAUUUAAUAUCGGCGAUGAAGUAAUGUUCACUGCGGACUUAUCAAGAAGUGGUGCUAAUGCCGAGUACAUCGCCGUUGAUCAAUUCCUAGUGGCGAAAAUACCUAAGAACUGGACAUUUGAGCAAGCCGCCUCUAUGCCGCUGGUGACGCUCACUGCCACAGAAUCAAUAUUUGAUCGCCUAGUGAUCACAGAGAAGGAUAAAGGAAAAUCAUUUUUGGUCAUCAACAGUGCUGGUGGAGUGGGAUCAGUAGCCACACAGAUCGUUAAAAACCUAGGUCUCAUAGUAAUAGGCACUGCAUCGCGCAAAGAAACUCAGGCGUUCACGCGUCAAUUUGGAGCGGACAUAGUCCUUAACCACACGCAGGAUCUCAUACCACAGCUGGAGGCAAAUGGGUUUGGAGCUGGAGUGGACUAUAUUCUUGUUAACUUUGACCCCGCACCGUACUGGGAUACAUUGAUGAAAGCCAUCAAGCCUCAGGGUAAGAUUUGUUUAAUUGUCGACAGCAGUGCCCUCGUUGAUUUGAGGCCAUUGAAGGAUAAAAGUAUUACUUUGGUGUCAGAAAUGAUGGCCACGAGGAUCAAGUAUAAAACUGAUGACAGGUUCAGGCAUUAUGAAUUGUUGAAGGAAGCCGCGCAGUGGAUGGAAGAAGGCAAGCUGAAAUGCACUCUAAAGAAAACCAUGAGCCCAAUCAAUGCAGCUAAUGUUAAAGCGGCUCACAAACUUCUAGAAAAUAAAACCUUGAUUGGUAAACUAGUGUUGACUGGAUUUAAAUAA